AUGACGGAGCUAAUGGAUUUAAGAAUGCAUCACCACUACGCGCUCCAGACGGAGCUGUACCGGCAGCAGAUACUGCAGCGUUUGCCAGAUCCGUACCCGACGAUGCUACCGGUUCCCGUGCCGCGACCUUUGAUGCUCGCGCCGCGCUUCCCGCUGCCGGCCGAGGUCGAGGUCAAGCUGCAGAACCGCGACAUGUGGAGCGACUUCCACCGCAUCGGCACCGAGAUGAUCAUCACCAAGAGUGGACGACGAAUGUUCCCCUCGAUGCGCCUGUCGUUCAACGGGCUCGAAGCGGACGAGAACUACUGCGUGCUGAUCGAGAUGGUCCCCAUCAGCGACUGCCGGUUCAAGUUCAGCGGCUCGCAGUGGGUUCCGGCGGGGGGUGCCGAACCGCAGAGUCCCCAGCGCUUCUACCAGCACCCGGACAGUCCCGCCCUCGGCUCGCACUGGACGUCCCAGCCCGUCAACUUCAACAAGGUCAAGCUGACGAACAACACGCUGGACAGCAACGGUCAUAUCGUCCUCACCAGCAUGCACAAGUACCAGCCCCGCAUCCACGUGAUCAAGGCGUCCGAGCGGGAGCACUUUGCGUGGGCGCCGCAGUCGUCCUUUACCUUCCCGGAGACCGAGUUCGUGGCCGUGACCGCCUAUCAGAACGAUCGCAUCACCAAGCUCAAGAUCGACAACAACCCGUUCGCGAAGGGAUUCCGGGAAUCGGGCCAGUCGCGCUGCAAGCGCAAGGCCGGCAUCAUGAACGGUCAGACGCGCUCGGCGGACGAUUCCGCCGAAGAGUCCGGCGGUGAGUCGUCCGGCUCGAGCUGCGGUCCGGAACCGAAGCGGCGCCGCACCGAGUCCACGUCCCUCGACGAUUCGGACCUGUCCGUGAGCGACAGCUCCAGCAGCGGAACCAGCUCGCCCGUCAACGUGGACGUCGUCGGAGGGUGCGCCAGUCCGCACGAGGAACUGCUCCUGCGCCAUCCGUACGCCCACCAGAUGCUGAACCCAGGAAUGUCCGCCGGUUGGAUGGACCUCAUGUUCCCGUACUUCCAGCAGCAGCAGCAACAGCACCACCACCACCAACUGCCCCGCUUCAACCCGCUGCACUUGGCCACGAACGCCGUGGCGGCUGCCGCGGCCGUCAAAUCGCUCGAAAAGUCCGUCGAAUCGACGGGCAAGAAGCUCGGCUUCAGCAUAUCCGCCAUCCUCGGGUACGACCGGUAAACACCUCAACGCAGCAAUUUCGGAGAGACACGGGUGUAAAUUAGUUCCUCACACAUUCACACCUGGGGCCGGACGCCAUUCGGACGUCGGAAUUUCUUGGAGUGGUGAUGGCUAUGCAAACAGCGAGAGAGACUCGGGAACGGCGUAGAAUCGGUGUCAUUGUGUUGGAAGCGUCUCCCGAGACUCCCUCAAGAGUGGUGAUGAAUGUGUGCCCUUUUUUCUGUCGUCGUCUCCUUCUUCGUGCGCUCUGUUUAGUGUGCAAUUACGGGAGUGAGGAAGAAGACAAGAGAGAACAUGGGACGCGCGGAGAAGGAGACGAGAGAUGCCGGAGAGCGAGAGAGAUUAGGGAAGGCAGAUGAUAAGGCAAUUGUUAAUUAUUUGUAGAACAUGACCGGUAGAGUCAAGUGAGUACUGUGUAGUGUUAGGGAGAGCAGAGCAGCAGUGUAGCAGAGAGAGUAGGAAGGAAGUCGCCUUCCUUUUUUUUGUUAAGAGAUAAAAUAGCUUUCUUAAGUGCCUUUCAGGGCAAACGAAUCCUCAGGAGGCAUUCUUUUUACGUGCUAGCUGAAAUCGACCUCAAAGAAUAUUGUUUCAAUUGUGUAAAUUAUUGUGUUAGGAUUAGUACUGAAUAGGUUUUAAGCAGAACAAAGAGACUGUAUAUUGAGAAUAAAACAAUAAUUAUUGGUAAAA